AAUCCAGAAAGGAGACAACAAGAACCGGUUUGAGUACGCAGGAAUCAGUUGUGACUUCACAGGAAUGUUUCACCUGUGGACACAAUGACCCGAGGGGUGUGGUGAUCCUGGUGAGAGCAUGCAGGGUGGGAGUAGUAGUUCCUCCUCUCACUUCCUGAAGUGAACUCUGUCCCAAAUAUGUGGUUAUUCAAACAGACAUGAAAUAUUCUGGACCUUUGACUCACCAGACCAGGAAAUAUUAUCCUACGGCAAAGAUUAUUCACACGUGCUGGUGUAAAGCAUGUUCCUGUGGCAAUAUUUGACACUGCUCCUGCUGACAACUGUUCAAAUAUACAAAGCUCAGAGAUGUGAAGAAUUUACAGAUCUAAAUCUCAGCCACGCAUUCAUUGGAACCAGCCUCAAAGUUAGGUUGUUGCUGUACACCAGGGAUAAUGGCACCUGUGGUACACUCGUGUCCCACACGGACCUGUCCGCCCAUCCCCAGUUUAACUUGUCCAGACCAACCACCUUCGUCAUUCAUGGCUAUCGGCUCACGGGAUCUCCACCUGUGUGGGUGCGGCAGAUCCCAGAGCUGCUGCUGGCCAGGGAAGACCUUAAUGUCAUAGUGGUGGACUGGAACCACGGAGCUGCCAAUGUGAAUUAUUUAAAGGCAGUGGAGAACGCGUACAACACGGCCAACAACCUCACUGCUUUCAUUAAAAUGCUGCAGGGACAUGGUGCCUCUCUGAGCUCCAUCCACAUGAUCGGAGUCAGUCUUGGGGCUCAUAUAUCAGGCUUAAUAGGUGCUAACCUGAAUGGGUUACUCGGAAGAAUUACAGCUCUGGAUCCAGCUGGGCCUCAAUUCACUGGCAACCCUCCAGAGCGCAGACUGGACCCCACAGAUGCCCAGUUUGUGGAUGUCCUGCACACAGACAUAGAUGCACUUGGCUUUAGGGAACCUCUGGGUCACAUCGACUUCUAUGCUAAUGGUGGAGCAGACCAACCUGGCUGCCCAAAGACCAUCUUUUCUGGUGGAUCCUAUUUUAAAUGCGACCACCAGAGAUCAGUGUUCCUCUUCCUUGACUCCGUGGAAAGGACGUGUGUCAGCAAGGCCUUCCCCUGCUCCUCCUACAAAGACUUUCUAGAUGGUAACUGCUUGAACUGUGACCGCUUUGGUGCUGCUGGAUGUCCUGUCUUUGGUUAUGAUGUCACAGAUUGGAAAGAGGUCCUGUUGAGGCUGGGCCAGACAAAAACUUACUUCACCACAAAUGCAGAUUCUCCAUUCUGCAAGACAAACUACAGGUUGGAGGUGAUGAUAUGGAACAAGAAUGUACAAUGGGGAUACAUAACUGUGAAACUGCACGGUAACGGUAAAGAGGCAGUGGCAACCAUUGACCAUAAAGCACCCAAGUUCAAGAAGUACACAGAGACCAAUUUGCUUGCCCAGUUUGACAAAGACCUUCAGUCAGUGGAAAAAGUGUCUCUCACAUUCUCCUCUUCGAAUGUACUCAAGCCCAAAUAUAAGCUCCGUGUUCUCCGCAUCCGUCUAACACAUCUGGAACGUAAGGAGAGGCCUCUCUGUCGAUAUGACAUCCUUCUCGAGGAGAACAAAGCGUUUACCUUUAGGCCAAUUUCCUGUGAAGAAUCCAAUUUCUGAAACUAAAUUGGACCCCACGUCAAAAAAUUCAUACUGGAAGAGAUUCAGCCGUCACUUCAGUUUCUCACGGAUUGUACAGUAAGGACUGCAAAGGUAGCAAAUCAAAAGUGCUAACCUGGCUUUGAUGUGAUCAUUUGUGAUCUAAAAAUGAAAUGUGUAUAUACUAUAUAUGGUGUAUAUGUUAUUUUUUGGGGGGGGUUUUUGUGUUUUUUGUAAGAAAAAUAUUGUCUGAAAAGGGAAUUUAUAUGCAAUUCACUUGUAGGGGAAUUAGAAUUUUUGUUAAUGCAUUUAAAAAUAAAUGUAUCUCAUAAUAAC